GAGAGCUCGCCAUCGCUCGUCCUCUGCACCAUCUCCGGCGAGCGCCUCACCUGGGCCGUGGACGCCAGCGACGGGGAGGUGUGGCGCGGCAGGGAAGGAUUUUUUGUGCGAGACGGCGGUGGUCAGCAGUGGGUGCAGGGAACGCUGCGGGAGGAUGGCCGCCUCGUCUUCCGGGACGGCGACGUCUGGGUGAGGCCUCUCCACGCUGGGUGCGCCCCGGCGUGGGCGGCCGGCGCCCAG